UGGAAAACCUUCAAAGCAGAGACAAAAUCUGAAAAAUGAAAGGAUGCUUAUUCGCGGUUGGAAUUGGAGAGACGAAAUUACGUCCGUUGGUGAAAGCCUUCGGGAAGCCAAUUGGCGAAUGUUUCUUCCUUCGAUGAAAGCCAGAAUGAGAAUGGGAUAUGGAAUGUCCGAUCUAUGUUUGGACCAUGCGAAGUUAUCCACGGUGGAUAGCUCAGUGACGCCUUGGAAGUGAAGAGAUGAUUAAGAUAUGGCUGUCUGCUAUCGCCCAUGUUAUUGCUGAUUGUUGUGGACUGGAUCAUGCAACAAACUGUGAGGAGGAGAAGAGGGGUAUACGCUGUUUGACCGAUGAAAAGAGCCUAGAAAAUUUGGAUUUUGCUGUUGACUUGUGUCCAAUGUCACACAUACUUGAAGAUCUACAGGCAAAAACUAACAAGUUGACAGAAGAGGCAGGGCAGCGAAAAUUGGACUUCCUUCAGGUGAACGUAGAGAAGACAGAUGUUGUGAUGACGCUCAACCAACACCACCACCGCCAACAAUAAGCUCCAAUCACCAUGGACGGGAG